UUAUCUGGGAAUCCGUGAUCAGGUACCAGUGCUGAUGAAGGCGCGGAUUACAAGCCACUUCUUGGUGGCUCAAGCACCGAUCCUCAGAAGUUCACCAAGAACCCAGAGGUUACUGUUCUUGAAAACAUUCGCUGGAAAGAACUUGGACUUCUCACUUUUGUUUGGGUUGCAUACCUAGCACUGCAGAUUGCCAAGAACUACACAGCUACAUGUUCCUCAGGAUACUGGGUAUUGAACUUGUUGCAAAUCCCAGCUUCUGUUGGAGUGUUUCUGUAUGAGGCAAUUGGGUUGUAUAAGGGACGGAGAGUUAUUGCAUCAAAGGGUGAUGAUGGCAAAAACUGGGGAGUUUAUCAACUGGGUCAGUGGUGUGCCUGUGGGAUGGUAGCCGGAUUAGUCGGUGGUUUACUUGGAAUAGGCGGAGGAUUCAUCAUGGGUCCCCUGUUUUUGGAGCUGGGAAUACCUCCUCAGGUUGCAAGUGCCACAGCCACCUUUGGAAUGACCUUCUCAUCAUCAAUGUCUGUCGUAGAAUUCUACCUUCUGAAUCGUUUUCCAGUCCCGUAUGCUCUAUACUUCAUUGUGGUGGCUCUUAUUGCUGCUUUUAUAGGGCAAUACAUCAUUACCAAGUUGAUCACUAUAACAGGAAGGGCGUCUCUGAUAAUCUUUGUUCUUGCCUUCACAAUCUUUGUCAGUGCAUUAUCACUGGGUGGGGUUGGAUUAUCAGACAUGAUUGGGAAAAUUGAGCAUGGUGAAUAUAUGGGAUUUGAGAAUCUCUGCAAAUACAAUGCCUAAUUUGUAGUCCUCUUAUUUGGACCUUCUCCAUGGAGCAUGGUUUAUUUUAGAUUGAUCAUACCGCGACAGGAUUUGAUUAUUUAUAAAUUAUAAGCUUUUUAUUAAUUAA